AUGAUCGAUCUCAUCCUCGAGGAAAAGUUGGACGAACUCGAUCCCCUCAGGCAUCUCCGAAACGACGAUGAUGCCCAGCUCGCUGACGUCGUGCCCGCCCAGCCGCCAUCCAUCCACAACCAGCUGGUCGAGCUCUCCUUCUCGUCUGAUGAGUCUGCGCUUCUACCGAACCCUGUCGUGAUAAAACUCGUGGUUGACGCAUCGCCGGGAUGUGGGGGUAUCGCUUGGCCGGCUGGAGAAGUGCUUGCAGCGUACAUCGCUCGUCGGGGAUCAUGGAAAGGCAAGAACGUCCUCGAGCUAGGCAGUGGGACGGGUCUCGUAGGGCUCGUAGCAGGCAAACUCGGCGCCCGAGCGUGUAUAACAGACCAAGCUCCUCUAAUAGAGAUAAUGGCGCGCAACGUCUCAAUGAACGACCUCACUGCCUUUGUCACGGUCGCGGAGCUCAAUUGGGGCGAGCCCAUCCCGCAGGAUAUCCCCCGUCCUGAUGUUCUCUUGGCUGCCGACUGUGUGUACUUUGAGCCUGCGUUCCCGUUGUUGGUCAAGACGCUAGCAGACUUGGUGAUCGACGAUACCACGGAGGUGCUAUUCUGCUAUAAGAAGAGACGGAAGGCUGAUAAGCGUUUCUUCACGUUGUUGAAGAAGGAAUUCACCUGGACGGAGGUGGAUGACAAUCCUGCACGAGACGCGUAUUCCCGGGAAGCGAUAUCGCUCUUGCGACUGUCUCGGAAACACUCCAGGCUUAGUUGCAGAACGGUUACCUCACGCUGUCGAUAA